AAAAAAAACCCUAGUUCCCGGAAUCAGCUGUAGCAGUGAGCUGUUAGCUGUUAGCAGUGUUGUGUACAUGUACAGAGAUCUCUGAUUUACAUCAUAAUAUACAGUUCAGUGAGUAUCUGAGUGAAUUAUUACACCUUUAACACUACAGAGACUGUGUGAGUUAGCCUAGCGUGCUAGCUAGCUGUGGAGCGGUGUGUUUACACGGACACUUCCGGAUUAUUUACGUGGAGGAUCGUUGGGAUCUGAGAGACUUCAGAAGCUCUGCUGAGAAUGUGAUGGAAGCUGAUGGUCAGAUCUUCGUUGCUCUGAGCUGAGGUGUAACGCAGGAGCCUGAAGAUGCCUGUGGUGGCUACAGGAGCGAAGGAGCUGUACCUCUCCACCUCACUGGGAGAUCUGAACAAAAAAGCUGAGAUUAAACUGGACAAAGCCAGCACCAGACACUAUGUUCAGAGUGCGUGUAAGCUCUUUAAGGCAGCAGAAGAGUGCCGCCUGGACCGAGACGAGGAGAAAGCCUACGUCCUCUAUAUGAAGUACCUGACGGUGUAUGACCUCAUUAAGAAGCGGCCAGACUUCAGACAGCAGCAGGACUUCUUCAUGUCCAUGCUCGGACCACUGAGCUUUAAGAAGGCCAUCGAGGAGGCGGAGAAACUUUCUGCAAGUCUGAAACACAGGUACGAAGAGGAUGAAGUGCGGAAGAAGCUGGAGGAGAGAGACAGGAGAGAGGAGAAGGAGAGACGAGAACAGAAAGUGGAAAAGGACAAAGCCCUGGAGAACAGAAAGGACAGCAAAAAGGCUAAAGAACAGAGCGAGACCAAGAGUGUGAACUCAUCAGCGCCCCUGAGUGGAGGUAUCAACGCUCAGCAGCUGUACAGGAUGAUGAAGGACCCAAACCUGAGUGUGUUGGUGAUGGACACUCGCAAACAAGCCGACUUUGUGGAGUCACACAUGGCCGUGCCGAAUCAGAAUUACAUCAGUGUUCCUGAGGAGGCCAUCAGUCCCGGGAUCACAGUAAAUCAGAUCGAGCUGAAGCUGCCGUCAGAGUCUCUGUCUCAGUGGAAGCAGCGUGGCUUUGCUGAUUACAUCAUCCUGCUCGACUGGUUCAGCUCCGUCUCUGACCUGAGACUCGGCACCACCUUACAGAGCCUGAAGGAUGCGCUGUAUAAGUGGGACAGUGUGACGAUCCUGCGCACUGAGCCUCAGGUUCUAGAGGGAGGUUAUGAGAACUGGCUGCUUUAUUAUCCGAUGUUCACCAGCAACGCCAAAGUCAGACCCCCACGCCAACAAACACACAACCUGAUACCAGAGUUGAAUUUCAGUUACCCGUGUCUGGAGGAGCCUCCACCUGAACCUGCACCUGUGUGUGUGAUGGAUGAUGUGGAAGACCUACACGCUAACGGCAUCGCAGACGUGGAUACAAACGGCAAGGCUGCUGGUCCUGACACACACACUCCCACACACACUCCGUCACCAAGCACACAGCCUACUCCCACUCCCACACCCACACCCACACCCACACCACCCCCGAGUGUGUCCAGUGUUCCGAGUCCAAAACCACCUACAGUGAAAACAAUACCACAGUUCGACCGUUCGACCAAACCGAUGGUGAAACCCUCCGAAAGUGGAAAGCCGAGCCCUGAGGGUGGAGCCAAAGAAGCCAAGCCCAAAGAGGGCGGGGCUAAAGAUGCACCCGUUUCCACGGUGACCAACGGCCCAGUGAUCCCUGAUCGCUCUGCAAAGCCGACCCUGGAGGAUAAGAAGAUGAGAGAGAUCGAGGAGGAAGAGAAACGGCAGAAAGAGGAGGAGGAGAAGAAGAAAGAAGAGGAGAAUGAAGAAAGAGAGAAGAAAAGGAAACUGGAGCGUCAGAAGGCGGAGGAAGUGGAGGAGAAGGAGGAAGGAGAUGAGAAGGGAAAGAGAGGAGGAGUGAAGGAUCAGGCGCUGGACGCUCAGCUCAAGAGCAUGUCUCUGGAUUCCCCUCUGCCCCAUACUGCUGUCUCUGAUAUAAAGCGGGAGCCUCUGACCCGUGCUCGGAGUGAGGAAAUAGGCAGAGCAGUACCUGGUCUACCAGAAGGUUGGAUGAAGUUCCUGGACACGGUCACUGGGACGUAUCGCUAUUAUCACUCCCCCACCAAUCGGGUGCACCUUUACCCCCCUGAGGUCACGCCCCCUGCCACACCCCCAGCCACACCCUCCAAACCCAAACCCCGCCCUGGAACAUCAGAGAAGGAGAAGGAGAAAGAGAAGGAGCGAGAGAGAGAGCGAGAGAGAGAGCAGUCCAAACUGAAGCGCUCAUACUCGUCCCCUGAUAUCACCCAGGACCUGAACGCUGAGGGAGCCAGAAAACCCACAAACCCCACUGUGAACAGAGAAACCAAACCUGUGACUGCCACUUCCUACACUAAAGCCGAGAUCGCUCGCCCGUCUGCCGCUAAGAUCCGCACCAUGAACCCGAUAUUCGGCGGCUUGGGUCCGUGCCUAACAGGUCUGCGCAAUCUGGGGAACACCUGCUACAUGAACUCCAUCCUGCAGUGUUUGUGUAACACACCGUGCAUGGCCGAGUAUUUCAACAGGAACCACUACCAGGAGGACAUCAACAGGUUGAAUUUCCUGGGUCAUAAGGGCGAGGUGGCUGAGGAGUUCGGUGCCAUCAUGAAGGCUCUGUGGUCAGGGCAGUUCAAAUACAUCAGCCCUCGAGACUUUAAGAUCACCAUCGGUAAAAUUAAUGACCAGUUCUCUGGCUAUGAGCAGCAGGACUCUCAGGAGCUUCUGCUGUUCCUCAUGGACGGCUUACACGAGGACCUCAACAAGGCGGAUAACCGUAAGCGGUGGAAGGAGGAGGCGUGUGAUGCGGUGGAUGAUGUAAGCGUGGCGGAGUGGGCGUGGCAGAAACACAAGCUGCUGAACGAGUCGAUCAUCGUGACGCUGUUCCAGGGUCAGUUCAAGUCCACACUGCAGUGUCUGACCUGCCACCAUCGCUCUCGCACCUUCGAGACCUUCAUGUACCUCUCACUGCCACUCGCAUCGUCCUACAAGUGCUCUCUGCAGGACUGUUUGAAGCUCUUCUCUAAGGAGGAGAAGUUGACGGAUAAUAAUAAGGUGUACUGCCCUCACUGUAAAGCUCAGAGAGAAUUCACCAAGAAGCUGGAGAUCUGGAAGCUUCCACCCAUCCUGCUCGUCCACUUAAAGCGGUUCUGGUAUGAGGGCCGGUGGAAGCAGAAGCUACAGACGUCUGUGGAUUUCCCGCUGGAGAAUUUGGACCUGUCUCAGUACGUGAUUGGGCCGAAGAGCAGCGUGAAGAGAUACAACCUGUACGCCAUGUCUAACCAUUACGGGGGUCUGGAUGGAGGUCACUACACGGCGUAUUGCAGAAACGCCGCUCGCCAGAACUGGUAUAAAUUCGACGAUCACGAGGUUUCGGAAAUCUCCAGCUCCUCCGUCAAGUCGUCUGCUGCCUACAUCUUCUUCUACUCCUCUCUGUGAGGCCACGCCCACCGGGACCACCACGCCCACGAGCCUUCAGAGCUGAUGUGGGCAGAGCUUAACGACCCAAAGGGAGGAGCUGACAGAGGGGUGCAAAUGUGAAAGUUUCUCUCUGUCUUUCUCUCUCGCUUUCCCUCUGUAGUCAAAUCUCUUAUUUCUGUACUCUAAAGGGGGCGGAGCUUUCUCCCUGUCUGCCAUUGUUCUGCCUUUGGACACUAAUGCUGUUUGGGACACAGCCGAUCGCGGUUCGAUCUUCCGAGGUCUUUUCAAGAACGAACUCACGAGUUCCUGUACAUAUCGCUAACGGAGACGCCGCUUGUCUCUCCUUCCUUUCGUUUUCUUCUUUGUUGUUGUACAUCUGAGCGUGAGCGAGUCGCACCGAUCCUGCAGCGUUCCAGAGCGCUCCUGCCGCACAGAAACACCCUGUAGAGUGAGUCAGUAAUACACACACACACACUCUGUCUGUUUAUAUGUACUGCACUACAUGUCCACUAUAGUGCUUCACUUUCAUCUUUUAUUCAAAUCGACUCUGUAAUGAUUGACAUCUGGAAGCUCCGCCCACUUUCUCCCUCUCUAUGCACUGCAUUACUUAUUUUAUUACUUAUUUUCAUCACAUCAUUUUUAAUUACUGGGCAACUAAUUAUAUACAAAUUAAAAUAUAAAAAUUAUAUCCUUCA